AUGGAGAAGAACAAGAUCCGGUUUGUGCUUGUCCAUGGGGUCUGCCAUGGCGCAUGGUGUUGGUACAAGGUUAAACCGCUUCUCGAGGCAGCCGGUCACGCUGUAACCGCACUGGAUCUAGCUGCAUCGGGUAUAAGCACGAGCAGAGUGGAUGAGAUUCAGACUCUAGAAGAUUACUCCAAACCUUUGCUUGACUUUCUAAGCUCGUUUGGCUCCGAUGAUCAAGAAAAAGUGAUUCUUGUUGCUCAUAGCAUGGGAGGCAUAUCGGCUGCUCUCGCCGCAGACAUCUUCCCUAAUAAGAUCGCUGCUGUUGUCUUCUUGACAGCUACCAUGCCCGACACCAAACACCCACCUGGUUACCCUUACGAGACGUUUGUCCCGAGCGUUCCACAAGAGUUGUUGGACACCGUGUUUCGCAGCUACGGAACACGUGAUCAUCAUUCACUGCGUACUGUUCUUUUUGGACCAAAGUUCAUGGCCAAGAAGUUAUAUCAAUUGUCUCCACUCCAAGAUCUUGAAUUAGCGAAGAUGUUGGUGAGGGAAAAUCCGGCGUUAGCUACGGACAAUCUUGCAGGGACAAAAACUUUUACUGAGGAAGGUUAUGGAUCGGUUAAACGUAUCUAUAUGAUAUGCGGAGAGGAUGAUUUAAUGAGUGAGGAAUGUCAGCGUUUGAUGAUCAGCAACUUUCCACCAAAUGAAGUGAUGGAGAUCAAAGAUGCAGAUCAUAUGCCAAUGUUCUCUAAGCCUCAAGAACUCUGUGCUCUUCUACUGGAAGUCGCAGAUAAAUAUGCGUAA